AUGGCCGCCGCCGCCAUGUUGCUGCCAGUCGGCGGGCAGGAGACGCUGCGGCGCUUCACACGGGAGUCCCUGGCUGCCAUCGAGGCCCGCCUCAAUGAGGAGCAGGUCCGGCAAGCCAAGGAGGAUAUGGGUGAUGUUGAGGAGCUGAAGCCGCGUGCUGACCUUGAGGCCGGCAAGACGCUGCCUCGCAUCUUUGGAGACAUCCCGCCCGGCCUGGUGGGCACGCCCCUCGAGGACAUCGACCCCUUCUACAAAAACCAAAAGACCUUCAUCGUACUAAAUCGGGGCAAAGCCAUAUUCCGCUUCAGUGCCACCCCAGCUCUGUAUAUCUUCAGCCCUUUCCAUCUCAUACGAAGGAUCGCCCUCAGGAUACUGGUGCACUCUCUCUUCAGCCUGUUCAUCAUGUGCACCAUUUUGACCAACUGUGUUUUCAUGGCCCAGUCGGACCCUCCCCACUGGAUACAGCACCUCGAGUAUACGUUCACUGGUAUCUACACCUUUGAGUCGGUGAUUAAGAUGUUGGCUCGAGGCUUCUGUGUGGGACCCUUCACCUUCCUCCGGGACCCCUGGAACUGGCUGGACUUCAGCGUUAUCACCAUGGCGUACGUGACGGAGUUUGUGGACCUUGGCAACGUGUCGGCUCUGAGGACCUUUCGAACCAUUGUGGGGGCUCUGAUCCAAUCGGUGAGGAAGCUGGCUGACGUCAUGAUCCUCACCAUGUUCUGUCUCAGUGUCUUUGCACUGAUUGGCCUACAACUCUUCAUGGGCAUGCUGCGUCAGAAGUGUGUGCGCAGCGUGGGCCACUGUGUCAACUCCUCGUACCACGCUGACGAGCCCUUCGACUGCAACAACCGCAGCUGGAGAGACCUGCAGCACUUCAUCACGCACGAGGACUUUGUUGCAGAUAACUUUUAUAAGACGGAGGGGGCCAAAGACGCGCUGAUCUGUGGCUACGGCAACGACGCCGGGAAGUGCCCGGAUGGGUUUGACUGUUUGAAGACGGGCCGAAACCCAAAUUACGGCUACACUAGCUUCGACUCCUUCGGAUGGGCCUUCCUCGCCCUCUUCAGACUCAUGACGCAGGACUACUGGGAGAACCUCUACCACCAGACGCUGCGCUCAGCCGGUAAAACCUACAUGAUCUUCUUCGUGCUGGUGAUCUUCCUGGGGUCGUUCUACCUCAUAAACCUGAUCCUGGCGGUGGUGGCCAUGGCCUACGAGGAACAGAACCAGGCCACCAUCGCCGAGGCCUGGCAGAAAGAGAGGGAGUUCCAGCUGGCGAUGGAGCACAUACGCAGAGAGCAGAGGGUAAGACGCCAUUUUUCUGGCUGCUCGAGCGGCGCGUGCGGCAGCCCAGGAGGCCGAGGCGGCCACAGUUACCAUGGCCCCAGCAACCGCUACCACGGCAACGACAGUCGGGAGCGGGGCAGAUCGGUGGGGGAGGCGGUGUCUUCGCCCUUCACCCCCAAGAGAAGGACCCGCUCACGUUCCUACAGAACUUUGUCUGAGGAGGCGGAGGAUGAGGAGGAGGAGGAGGGCGGCGAGUUUCUGCGUACGCCACGCUUUGACGUCUUCGACGAGCCCAUGCCGGCCCAUCCACUGCUACAGGCCCUUUCAUCACACCCCCUGAGUUCGCGACCCCGGCGCGGAAGCCAAGCCAGUGUCUUCAGUUUCCGCCACCCACCCCUGAGACACCACAGCAGCAGCAGCGACAUGGCCGACUAUUACAAUGACGCUAAUGACGAGAACCAGGCGCUGAGUUUCCUGGGCCGCCGUACCAGCCGCGCCUCCUCUGUGGUUGCCGUGACAGCAGGGGUGUGGCCCAAACAGCAGCAGCGUCGCACAGCUAGCGUCCGCAGCAGAUGCUCACAGGGCUUGCUAGCCACACCCUCUCCGCUGGGCCCACCCAAUGGGCUGCCGAGUCUCACCCUGACGCCGGCCAAUGGGAGGGCCAGCCUGAACCUCAGCCUCAACCUGACGCUGCCAUUGGACAGCCGCAGCAGCUGUGCCCUCUUCCUGGUGCCCACGCCCACCUCCAUGCCCUCCAUGCCCGUCGACUCAGAGCUGACGUGA